UAUAAGCCUAAAAUGAACAAUGCAAAGGAGAUAACAAGUACUGUAUAAUAAAAUGAACAAAAUAAAAUGAAAUGAAAGAAAUGAGAGGAAAGAUUGAAGUGACACAUAGAAAGAAAGGCUAGUUUCUGAGCCUCUCCUCUGAUAUGUAUCCUCCUAUUCUGUCUUCCCCACUCUGUCUAGUUCCUUUCACAUUCCUCUCAGUUUACCAUUAUACCCCUUAUUUACAUCCCUCUCUCUUUCUCUAACCAUAAAUGCUUCUUCUUCUACUUUUUUUUUUUGGGUCUAAAUGUUAAUUCUUCUUCUACUUGUCUCUGUGUUUCUUAUCAUAGACUCUUGUUAUUUCCCUAGACCCAGCCUCUCUCUUUUGAUUUCAAAGUCUUCAAACUUUCUCUAGACUCACAUGAAAGUUUCUACUGUAUGGUGAUAACUCCUGAAUUCCAAAACCAACAUGUUCACUAUUUACAAUCCCACCCUGCUUCUCAUUCUCCUUGUUUUCAUCUCUCCACAAGUCUCAUCCUCUCUUCAACCUGUCCAGCUUCCAAGUUCUUCUCAAGUGGCUUUAGUAGAAGUUAAAGCGAGGCUAGGUUCUAGACCACCAAGCUGCCACAACAAAUGCAAUAGCUGCCAUCCUUGCAUGCCCACUCAAGUUCCCACUCUCCCUGGUCGCUCCCGAGUUGACCCCUUUGCCGGUGGAUUUGUACGGCCUCCUUCCUCACUAACCACCGUUCUUGGUCAAUAUUCUAACUACAAACCCAUGGACUGGAAAUGCCACUGCAAUGGUCAUUUUUAUAACCCUUAAAUCUCCAUCAUCCUCUGGUUUUGUUAUUUUUUUAGUUACUUAAAAUUGAUUUUGAAUUAUUGAGAGUAGAAAUGUCCUUUGGAUUCUUUGUAAAUCUAAGGCUCAGUUUGUAUAUUAUCAAAAGUUCUUGAUAAUUGCACUUGCAGAGAGAUGUAAUUGCGGCAUUCAUAUCUUUCAACAUUUUUUUGGUUUUUUUUUUUAAUUGAAUUUACUAAUAUAAAGUCUGUCUUCUUGAUUCCUUAA